CACACAGUUUGAUCGCCCUUCUCCCUUGUUCUUCAUACUGUCACGUAAGAUCCAUGCCGAGCGAAGACACUCCCUUGGUAGCAGGCUCCGCUGCCCGCGACGCGUUUCAAAGUGCCGACGCGAAAAAAUCCCGGCAGUACCACGAUGCGAAGAGCGCCAGCGAAGACGGCCAUCAAACCGAAGGAGGAAUGCUCAAACCCAUCAUUUUUGGAGGUCUGGAUGGGAUCCUCACGUCGUUUGCAAUUGUUGCAGGGGCCGCUGGAGGAGAACUAUCCCCCCAGGUCGUCCUCAUUCUCGGCGUCUCCAACAUUUUCGCGGACGCUCUUUCGAUGGGUGUCGGAGAGUUCCUUUCAUCUAAAGCCAACAAUGAGUGGAUCUUAUCGGAACGAGCUCGUGAAGAAUGGGAGUUGGAAAAUUAUCCUGAGGGCGAAAUAAAAGAAAUGGUUGAAAUAUUUGAAGACAAGGGGAUGUCCCACGAAGAUGCAGUUUCCUGCAUCAAUACAAUGGCAAAAUACAAAGACUUCUUUGUCGAUAUAAUGAUGCAGCAGGAGCUGGAGCUUCAAGUUCCGGACAAAGAUCACAUUAGAGAGAGCAUGAAAGAAGGAGUUGUCAUGUUUUGUUCCUUCGCUUUCUUCGGAGCCUUGCCUCUCCUCGGUUAUGUUCUUUUCCCACUCGAAUUCCACGACAUGUCGGAAGGUGAACUUUUUGUCUCCGCAUGUAUAGUCACAGGAAUGGUGCUCUUCUUCAUGGGUUCGGUCAAGAGCUUUUUUAGUAAUCAGCAGUGGUUUAUUGCUGGGAUGGAAACCCUGCUACUAGGAGGAGCAUGUGCAACAGUUGCCUUUACAAUUGGUCAGCUUGUCAAGAGCGUUUAUGGUGACGACGCUGAUCUGGUGUAGCGGCUAAAGUCAAUCUACGACAAAUCUACUACUAGAAAGACAUGUUUUAUACCC